AUGGCGUCUGUUAAUUCAAUAUCGUUCGAGAAGGAUGAGGAGCAUGACAUCAUGCACGACGAUACCAUCGAGGAUGAAGAGCCAGAGGAGCCCAGUUCCGAGCUGGAUCCAUCUCAGAGAGAAUACCUCGAGUACCAUCAGCGACUAGAUGAUUUCCUUGGCCCCUUGUGUUUGGACGAGGCCGUCCUCUACAGGCUGGCGCGCCGCUUUUCCGAUACAUACCGCCAUUUGGCCCUGACCUCAGACCAGCAAUUCUUGCCGACCCCGGUGACUCAAUUACCCACCGGCCAGGAAGCCGGUCGUUAUUUGGCGAUCGAUGUAGGAGGUAGCAACCUCCGAGUCGCUUUUAUCGAGCUACUAGGUGAGGUGGAGUCCGAGAGUCACCCCGCAGAUGCCUCAGAGAGGUCGCGGAAUACCAUCCGCAAAGCUCAACGACAACGAGUGAAGCGGACCCUUGAGCGAGCAUGGCCCAUUCAAGAGCAUUUAAAGAUGGACAAGGCCGACGAUUUAUUUGACUGGAUCGGAGAUUGUAUCGCGGAGGUGGUCGCGGAGAGUCUUACCUCGGAUGACACCAAGAAGGAUAUCCCAGCCGAGCUCGACAUGGGCAUUACCUUCAGUUUCCCCAUAAUGCAAGAAUCCCUGGCGGAGGCUACAUUGAUGCCCAUGGGUAAAGGAUUUGCUAUUACAUCUAACCUCAACCUACGCAAUAUUCUAUUAAACGGAUACGAAAAGCACACGAGGAGGCCAGACGAGGAUGAACCGUCUUCUAAACGUCGCAAGCUAUUUGCUCUGCCCAAGCUGAAGAUCCAAGCCAUCACAAACGACACGGUUGCGACGCUGGCCUCACUCGCAUAUGCUGUCAAAUCCCUGCCCAACAGCCGGGUCGCCAUGGGCAUCAUCGUGGGAACGGGAUGUAACGCAACCAUCCCAAUGAAACUCAGUUCGCUGCACGAAUCCAAAGCAAAGAAUGUCAACGCCAUGAACGCAGAGGCCGUCGAAACAAUCGUUAAUACGGAAUGGACCAUUUCAGGCGCAGCGCCACCACUCCGGGAGCUGAACAUCACGACCAAAUGGGAUGUCGAGCUGGACCGGGCCUGUGCGCGCCCGGGAUUUCAGCCAUUCGAGUAUAUGACUGGUGGACGGUACAUUGGCGAACUGAUUCGUUUGAUCCUGUUCGACUACCUCACCGAAAUAGCGGGCCUCUCCAGACGAAUCCUCCCAGCAAAUCUCAUCCAGGAAUACGCCCUGACUACUACCUAUAUCUCUGACCAUGUCGCCCGUGCCCGAUCGGAUGUCGACCUCGCAAAGGAACUCAACAGCUCUCUCCCCCACCGGAGAGUAGUGACUGGCGCUGGGAUGCCCGCACUGCAGGAGCCUUCCGUCGAAUCGCUCGGACUCAAUAUCAAUACCCCCGAAAAUGCCGCGUCACCACAAAGUAACGGUGAUGCCGCAGCACCUGACAGUAUCGCAGAUCCAGCCUCCAGUGCGCAACCGACCCAUUCCCCAAACCCUGUCAGCAAUAGCUUCCACGGCCACGUCGUCCCAGUCCUACAGCCAAUUCCAGCCGAUUGGCAAUCUGGCCCGGAGGAGUUGGUGGUGGCAUACACGGGCGGCAUCAUCCAGCACUACCCUCAGUUCAAAGAAAUGUGCCAACAGCAUAUUGAUCGACUGAUCAUGCGUACCGGUCCGCAGCGGGGCGGAAAGUCGGUUUUCUUGCGCGAGGCUUCCGAUGGAGGAGUCAUUGGAGCGGGCGUCUUGGCUGGCAUGGUUUCUAGCAAAUGA